CUCAGGCUCCUCCCUGCGCUUUUAUCGUCUUAUAACAGGAUAUCUCACUGGCGCGAAAAAGCGCACAGUGUGGCUUUCUGUUACACACCUUGGGGCGGACCUACAGUUCCUGUUUGUUUUUUUAAAGCCGGCCUUUUAUAAAGUAACGUAGAGGAAAAAGCAGCACCGGCACCGACCGGCGCAGCUUUUUUUAUCCCGCUGAUCUCCCGUCAGCUGUGGACGCGCUGCUCUUUGGCUGCCGGGGGAUUUUCAAUGACCUGAAUUUGGCAUUGGGAGUUUUUCUUUUUAUUGCGGAGAGUCGGACGUUCUGCAGAGGCCACUCGUGUCAUCCGACCCUCACCGGGAAGAAGCUCCAAAGGAUUUUAUUGCUGGGAACAUGGAGAUCGACUGUUACCACUAUUUUUUCGACCACCUCGACACCGAGGAGGAUUUCUACAAGUCGACCGCGCCGAGCGAGGACAUAUGGAAAAAGUUCGAGCUGCUGCCCACCCCUCCCAUGUCUCCCACCCGGACUCUGUGCGGCGCCGUCCCGCACCUCUCGCCGGGAGAGCGGCUGAGCUGGCAGUCCCGCACGCUGGGUCAGGACGAGGACUUCGACGGUCACUUCAUCCCCGAUUCCAGGGAGCUGUUCAACCUCAGCUCCAUCAUCAUCCAGGACUGCAUGUGGAGUAGCUUCUCCGCCAGUAAGCAGCUGGAGAAGGUCAGCGGCAGGGCGUCGGCGGCCGCGGCCGCAGCCGCGGCGCAGACCGGCGUCCCACCGGCGGCGGCUCACGGGGCGGUGAAGCCGAGCAGAGCGUGCGCGGGCGCCGCCUCGGCCGCGGACUGCGUCGACCCCGCGGCGGUGUUCAGCUACCCCGCGAGCGGCGGCAGGAAGCCGGCGUCGUCUGGCUCCGACUCCCAUUCCUCUGAUGAUGACGACGAUGAUGACGACGACGACGAAGACGACGACGAUGAGGAAAUCGAUGUGGUCACUGUGGAGAACAAGCAGAGCCGCGUGCGCCUGGUGAACAGCAGGAAGCCGGUGACCAUCACGGUGCGCGCGGACCCGUGCCCCAAGCGCUUCCACGUGUCCGUCCACCGGCAGCAGCACAACUACGCGGCCCGCUCCCCGGACAGCGAGCCGGAACCGGAGGACGAGGAGGAGGACGACGACGAGGAGGACGACGAGGAGUCCGAGGACGAGCCUCAAAGCAAGCGCGUGUGCACCACCUCUCAGAGGCUGAGGGCCUCCGCCCGCCUCUCCCAGCCCUCCUCCCCCUCCGAGACGCCCCAGAACUCUGACAUAGAGGACACCGACCGCCGGAAGAACCACAACUUCCUGGAGCGGAAGAGGAGGAAUGACCUGAGAUCCCGCUUCCUGGCCCUGCGGGACCAGAUCCCCGGCCUGGAAUCGGCCAAGACUCCCAAGGUGGCCAUCCUGACCCAGGCAACGGAAUACCUCGUGGACCUGCACAGCAGGGAGAAGCGGCAGCUCCAGGAGAAGAAGCGGCUCCGGUCCAGACAGCAGAACCUCCUUCGCAGGUUAUCGGAGCUGAAGCGCUCGUGAGGCGCGGCCGCCCCGCUCUCCGAACGCUCCCGUCACUUUUGGGGGAAGCUCGGGAUGCGCUGGGCUUCCCGUGGACUGACUGCGCUGGCCUGUGAACCACUUCUGGGGAGGAACAGUCCGAUCGCUGUGUUAAACCAUGUGUUUGAUUAGUUUUUCCUCUUUUUUGCACAUGUGGCGGUGAAUGAAUCCUUUUUUGGUUUUAUUUUUUCAUUUUUUGGCUGUGAUUCGAUUUUUUUGGAUUUUUUUUUUGGAAUGCUGUGAUGGAAUGAUGCUUUUUUACCCAUGCUAGUGAACCUAUGUAGCCUUCAUCGUUGCACACGUCUCCACGGGUGUGAAUGCCUUUCUGUGUAUGUGAAUGAGUCGGUUUCUGGUUUGUUUUGCUAUGGACGACUGACUGACUGAUGUACAGUGUUCUGUAAAUAAUCGCUGAUGGUGAACCAAGAUUCAUUCCUCUGUAUAAUGUGCCAGCAGGCACUAAGGAGCCUCUAUUUUGAUAAGAAAACAGGAAAAAGUGGACAAAAAUGAUCAAAUUGCACUGCUGUACUUUAAAUUCACACGUCACUUUGUGAUUUCAUCGCUUUUUUCUCACAAUUUUGGUUUGAUUUCUAAAGCAUGCUAACAGCAACAUUAAAUUUUUAUACCAUG